AUGAAUUCCAAUUUAAAUACUAUUCUAGACAAUAUCAAUCAACUGCAAAAUCAUUUUGAUCAAUUAUAUAAUGAAGUUAUUUCAAAGUUAAAUGAAUGUAGUGAUUGUCUCAAAUGUGUAAAAAAUAUAUGUGAUCAAGUAACUGAAAUGGUUACGACCUUAAACAACAAAUUAGCUAAUGUAUCGAAUGAACAAAAAGAAUGGGAAGAUAUCAAAGUUAAAUUAGCAACAACGGUAAUCGAAGGUAUGGUCACACUUAAUAUAGGAGGUGAAAAAUUUUCUACGAAAGUUGAAACGUUAACACGUGAAAAAGAUACUUUUUUCACCGCACUCUUCUCACAACAAUGGCAAAUCAAGAGAGAUCCUAAUGAUGGAAGUAUAUUCAUUGAUCGAAAUGGUAAAAUCUUUAUUUAUAUUCUUGAAUAUUUCCGUACAAAUACUGUGCCAAAUAAUAUUAUGCAAGAUGAAACAUUUCUCAAUAGUCUUUUUAUUGAAGCUGAAUAUUUUCGUUUGCAUGGUUUGAUGGAUAUAUUGACGACAAUGUUUUUUCCUCAUGGAACAUUGCUUCAACCAGAACAUAAGAAAAAAUUAAAUGAAUUUUAUGGUAUAAUUAAUCAAAAAUGGGGAUUAAUUUACAAAGCAUCACGUGAUGGAUUUGAUGCAGCUACAUUUCAUUCAUAUUGUGAUAAUCAAGGACCAACAAUGACAAUUAUUCUAUCAAACAACAAUUAUCUUUUUGGAGGUUAUACAUCUAUUCCAUGGACUUCAGAUGAUUCAUAUAAAAAUGAUCCGACAGCAUUUUUAUUUACUUUGAUCAAUCCUCACAAUAUUCCACCAACUAAAUACGGCAUCAAUUAUAGUCAUGCAGAAUAUGCAGUUCGUCAUCACAGUAGAUAUGGUCCAACAUUUGGAGAUGGUCACGAUAUCUACUUAGCAGAUGGGUGCAAUUGGAAGAACUCAAGCUACACUGGUUUUCCAAGGUCAUACUUCGAUAUAACCGGAAAGGGUGAAAUUACAUUUACUGGAGCUUAUAAUUUUACCAUAUCUGACAUUGAAGUAUUCAAAUUAGUUUAA